AUGGAGAGAUUCGUUGCUUCGAAGGAGAACAAUCGUACAGGCUCACCCUUCGGCACGAAACCUGCACCAGCUCGCGAUGUCCGGCUUCCAGAAUUCAAAAGCGAAAACACAGCUCAGCCUGAGUAUGGCUUGAGAGAGCGACCGCGCGCAUUUCAAAAUGUGCCGCAGUAUCAGCCUCAGAUAAUACAAGAUUCAAUGCCUCCACCUCCGCUUCAGCAACAGGCCAGGAAUAGCUUAUUUUCUUCCCGUGGGUCUUCGACAUACGGUGCCCACAGAAACCCUUUUGAAGCUUCUGAAAUCGGUAGCUUGGAUGAUAGUAGCAUCACGAAUCUUGAUUUACCUGUUCCUCAACGUUUGCCUCAAAAACUCCAUUUCGUCGAGCCAGCCCAGCAGCACCACCAGGACAACCAAGAGAUGUAUAGUGAUGGCUAUAGCCAGGGAAGGUCAAGCAUAAAUGGAGAGUCGCAGUACGACGAAGACGAUGAAGAGGAAGAGCAUUUUGCACAAAAGGUCGAUGUGGAAGACGAUGAGCGUAAAGGCGGAAUGUAUGACAUAAUGGAGACAGCCCGCGAGAUGUAUGACGAAGGUGACUAUCCGACGACUUCAAUCGGCGAAGAGACGCAGACUGUGAACGACGCAGAUCUAGUAGAACGUACAGGUUCUCCAGCUCUGCAGCAGCCAGUCCGACAUAAUGGCCCGAAACGUCUGCCGACGCAGAAUAUGAAGCUGCAACACACUCCUACGUGGCCACCGAAUGACGUUCCGCCCACUAACUGGCCUGCCGCAAAGACUCGAGUUCAGACUCACACUAGUUUUGCCCAACGCCCGAAUCCCAAUGCCGUUGCUCGAGGCCUGCCUCCUAAUAAAAAUGUACCAGAGACUGUAUCUGGGGUUACGAACGCCUUAACGGCCAAACAACCCAGAUUUAUCAAGGCGGAGCAUCCACUGCCAGAGUCAAAGAGAUUGCCGAAGCCUAUAGUUGUAGCUUCAGCACCGCCCCCUAUGAGCCCAGAUCGUGACAUUCGUGAGCAGGCUGCUGAAGAGAAUAUCGACGAUACCUUCGUGAUAGAUUAUGCCGAACCAAUCCUAUUCAAGAAGCCGUACUCUGACUUGGCGAAGGAGUCAUUCGACCAUGAUCCAGCCGAGCCAGUCGUACCCUUUCCAGAUAAUCUCAUGAACGCAGCUUUGCCGGACCGGAUGCAAUAUGCCCGACAAAAGUUCAACCACGAUCAAAAGACUGCAUUCCUGUCAUCCCUCGAACUCGAGGAAUGGGAAGGUGCAGGCGAAUGGUUUGUGGAAAAAUUCACCGAUGCCAUGAAACAAGUCAUCAGCAAUCGAAGAGAGAAGCGUCAAUUAGCGGCGAGAUUCGAAGACGAAAUCCGAGACCGCGACCGGGAAGUGGCCCGGAAGAGGGCCCGGACUGAACAGGAGUUAAACUCAAUGCGAAGUAAUGGACAGAAGCUCCUGAACACGCCUCGUAAGGGUCGCUCAACGCCUAAGAGACAGUAA